GGUUCACGUUGCCAGGGAGUGCCUCACCACCACACAGGCACAAUGGAGCCGUAGCUACAAUGUAAAUAGCAGGUCCCUGUUCUUGCAGCUCACGCAGAGCACAAAGCUGUUGUAGUGUCUCUCCACCCCGGACAGCUCUCUGUUGAAAUGAUGUUGUCUUCGGGGUGUUAGCAGCUAGAUAACUGUUGUAUUUGCGCAAACAAACCAGCUUUGUAAAAGAGGAAACAACCCUGUAGUAGGCUAAAGCUAGCUAGCUAAUGCUAAGCACCUGCCUGAGCCCUGCUACUGGCAUUUGCUGCAUCUCUUCUGCUAAUCAGGAUAUUGUGUAUGUGCAGCUGUUCUGGUUAUAAUGGAGUUUCCUUUUGAUAUAAACCAUGCAUUCCCCGAGAGGGUCUCCAUUUUGGACCAUACUCUUAUUGCAAGUCGUAAAUCAGCAGGAAGACCAGAUCUUCAAGCCAACAUAGCCACUGUUAUAGAUGAACUUGGGAGAGCUUCAGCAAAGGCCCAACAGCUCCCAGCAUCUAUAACAAGUGCUUCUAAGCUGCAGACCCAGAAGCAUCAGCUCUACCUGCUGAAGGACGGGGAGAGAAACGGAGGACGUGGUGUGGUUGUGGGAUUCCUCAAGGUCGGCUACAAGAAGUUAUUUCUGCUCGACCAACAGGGUGCUCACGUAGAGGCAGAGCCGCUGUGUGUCUUGGAUUUCUACAUAGCAGAGAACUUGCAGCGACACGGCUAUGGGCAGGAGCUGUUUAAUUUCAUGUUGCAGCACAAGAACUUGGAGCCGGUUCUGAUGGCCUACGACAGGCCCUCACCCAAAUUCCUGUCUUUUCUGGUAAAGCACUACUGCUUGACACCAAGUGUUCCUCAGGCCAAUAACUUUGUGGUGUUUGAGGGCUUCUUCCUCAACAGAUCAGGCCCACCCUCCUCUCCUCUGAUGGAUCAGGGGAUGUACAGCUUUUUCGGCCCAGUUGAGAAAGGUUCCCCUCAAAAAGCCAGACGGAGAGAUCAAACCCUACUCCUUAAUGGAGAGAGAAGUGGUACGUCAGGAACAGCGGGUUCGUCCCUGGCCGUUUGCUCCUCCUCACUCCCCCCAGCGGUCGGUAUCCUCCCAGUACUCCCACUCCCUCAGUGUGGGAUCCUCCCCCAGCAGGGCGCCCCCGCGAGCCGCCCUAGCUUCUGUCCCUGGGGGCAACAGGGACCAGAGCCCACAGUCCCCUCUGAUCGAGCGCUGCAGGGCAAGACGCACAAGUUCCCUUAAUAGAUCUCAUCUGGGCCUCCAUUGACCACCCUCUGAAUGGCUCUGUUGCCAUGAAUGGCUGUGGUGUUUUAGCUUGAUAGAUAGUCUGUUUCUGUUAUUUGGAGUGUGUUUACAUGUGCACUAGUACGCUGGUUAUGAGUCUUAUUCAAGAUGUGGUGUUUACACAGAACAUGACAUCCUGGUUAUUCAUAUCCCUGUAUACAUACAGCAUUAAUAACAGUAUUCAGGUCAACCUGCAGUUGGGUCAUUUUCAUUCAUCUUCUCCAUCAGGAUAG